AUGACUAUGGGUGAUUAUCUUCUAAAGAUCAAGAAUAUCUUAGAUGCACUGGCUACGGCUGAAGAACCCCUGUUUGAAUCUGAUCUCAUAUAUCAAACAUUGGAGGGAUUUCCAAGUGACUUUGAGCACUUCACUAUUGUUGUACUUACCAUACCUGAUGGUUUCUCAAAUGAUGAACUGCAAAGCCUGCUACUCCAACAAGAAAUCAAAAUGCUAAGAGCACACAAGAAGGUUACAGACUUCAGCCUUGAUGCUUCAGCCCACCUUACUUCCAAGGGUCGAACAUUCAAGAAAAAUAAUCAGCCUGUUCGACUGCCUUUCAGCGAUAAAGAUAGUGAGUACAAAGACAAAUCACCUCACAAGAACACUAUAAGAUACAAAGGGAGCCCAUGCCAAAUCUGUAAUCGUCCUAAUCAUUCAGCUCUCACCUGUAAGAGUCGUUUUGAUGCCUCCAUUAAGUAUACACCUCAAAAACCUUCAGCCUAUAUGUUAGAAACUGCAACCUCACCUCCCUCAGCAAAUCACUCAUGGUAUGUUGAUUCCGAUGCUAGUCACCAUGUCACUAAUGAUCUCAACUAUCUGAAACUUCACAAUGAAUAUACAGGACCUGAACAACUGCGAAUAGGUAAUGGUAUAGGGUGGAAUAUACAUCAUAUUGGCACCACUUCUCUCUCAAGUUCUCAUAAAAAUCUAGUUCUGCAUGACACUCUUCAUGUGCUGAAUAUCACUAAAAAUCGUCUCUUUGUUGCACGCUUCACAUUUGAUAAUGAUGUGUUUCUUGAAUUUCACCCUUCUCAUGUGCUUGUAAAGGAUUGGAAGUCRAAAAAGGUUCUUCUUCAAGGUAGUCUUGAUCGUGGGCUCUACAGAUUCAGUCAUGAUGAACCGCUUCCCUAG